AUGCUCAGAUGGCUGCCACGCCUCAGCGACCUCGUUGGGACUUUGAGCACCUCGCGCUCAACCGUCUCUGAAACCAGUCCUCCUGGCUCUCUGCGAGAUGCUCAUCACGCUGCUGGUGCUUGGUUUCUCGGUCCCAAAGCUGAGAAUGCAGAAUACCUGCAGAAGUUCGUUGGAAUCAUCUUACAAGAUCUGACGAAAUGUAGAAAGGAUUUUUCCCCGGAGGACAAGGACUUCAUCGACCCGGCGAUGGUCUCGUCGCAAGCCUUCAAAGACAGCAUGUCGAAGCUCGAGACAAACGUGACGUUUCUAUCGUCUCUCCUCCCUCAACACAGCAUACCAUUCUAUUCUCCACGCUACAUGGCUCAUAUGCUCAACGAUGUGUCCAUGCCAGCCACACUCGGCUAUCUUAUGGCACUGAUGUACAAUCCCAAUAACGUGGCUGUGGAAGGCAGCCCUCUCACCAGCAUAAUCGAGUAUGACGUUGGUCAACAGCUCUGUAGUAUGCUGGGUUUCAACGUUGCGGCUCCUAAUCAAGACCCACGGCUUAGUGCCACUGGGUGGGGGCAUAUCACCUGCGACGGUUCUGUCGCGAACAUGGAAUCCAUGUGCAAAACACGCCUCUACGAGACAUCUCUAACGCUUCUUCUAGCACGGAAUCUCAAAUAUUAUCCCCUGUCGCUCAAACGUGCCGUCGAGAGCGAGCCAUCUCUAGCUUUCAUCUCCCACCAUUUCAAUAUACAUCUUUGCAGCGGCAAGGAGAAGUCGCUCGCAGAAUGUGAUGCAUGGGAUCUACUCAACCUCACGCCUGAGGAGGUCGUCAGCCUUCCUGGCCGUAUUGCGUCCCAGUUCUGCCUAUCUGUGCAAUCCCUGCAGGGCCUCAUGGGCAAAUACAUUAUUCAGACAACCGGAAAAGACGACCUCGACGCCUAUUUCGGACUUCAGCGCCCGCCCCAGUACCUCGCGAGCAAGACCAUACAUUACUCCUGGCCAAAAGGUGCUGCCAUGACUGGCAUUGGCUCGAAAAACUUGAUCGGGGUUCCUGUCGACCAAUCCGCACGCAUGGAUUGUGAAGCCCUCGACGCUCUUCUUGCUCAAUAUCUUCAUAACCGCCAGGCUGUCUACUGUGUUGUCGCGAUCAUGGGUACUACAGAGCAUGGUACAGUAGAUCCGAUUUCCAAAAUCGUCGCCCUUCGUUCGAAGUAUCAAAAACGAGGGCUGUCAUUCUUGAUCCACGCGGACGCAGCAUGGGGCGGAUACUUCACGUCUGUGCUCGUGCCAAACCCAACUUCACAUGGAGGUGAAAGUAGUCUGGACGAUCCUGCUCUCUUCCUCCACCCCUAUACGAAGAAUGAAUUGCAUCAUAUCCGCUAUGCGGAUUCUGUCACAAUCGACCCCCACAAAAGCGGUUAUGUUCCCUAUCCCGCGGGUAGUCUUUGUUACCGUGAUGGAAGGCUUAGGUAUCUCGUUACAUGGACAAGCCCGGUAAUUGAUUCUCCCGAAGACGGCGCUCAGAAAAUGGGAGUGUAUGGUAUCGAGGGAAGCAAGCCCGGCGCUGCGCCCGUGGCCGCUUGGUUAGGUCACGAGGUGAUCGGUCUUCACAAGGAUGGCUACGGUUUCCUUUUGGGAGAGGCGGUUUACACCGGCAUCAAGAUGUAUGGCCACUGGGCAACCAUGUCUUUGGAUCACCCCACCCUUCUCAUGGUUCCCUUUAGGAUGCUCCCCAGCGAGAUGAAACCUAAUUGCACUGCCAAAGACAUUGAUGACGAGAGGCGCUACAUUCGCGAUGUCAUUCUCGCUCGAACGCGGCAGGAACUUGCGGCUGAUCCGCACGCUAGAGCACUCAUGCAACAGCUUGGCUCCGAUCUAGUGGUGAACGCGUUCGCCUGCAAUUUCCGCGUUAACGGCAAGAUCAACAAAGACGUUUCAGAGGCAAAUCUACUCAAUGCCAGAAUUUACGAGCGGCUGUCCUUUCACAAAUUGACGGACAAGUUGAAUGAUCGAAAGGUUAUCCUCAUGUCUACUGUUUUCUCGCAGAAGGAGUAUGGGAGCUGCCUAACCAAUUACAAGAAACGUCUUGGGCUCGCAGGCGAUGGUGAUCUGUUUGCUCUUGUCAACGUUUCUAUGUCACCCUUUGCAUCUCCAUUGAAUUUCGAGAAAGUCCUUGCCGAUGCGUUUCGUGAGACGGCUGAAGAAGAAGUCAAGAUUUCUAUCGAGCGCAAUAAGUCUGCCCCAUCACUUCAUGCAUUUAUCGUGCAGGGUUCGACAAACGUCUAUCUAGUCCAUAUGCCUUGCUUCAGCAGUGCCAGUCAGCGUCGACAAUGCAUUUUGACCGGUGAACUGUCAGAAACCGGCAGACAGAAGUAUCUUCAUGCGAGGACCGCGGACCCAUCUGCCACGUUCAUUGCCUCGACUCUGCAAGCGGACGAGCUUUCCCACAUCUCUAUUAUCAAGAAUCGGCCGCUCAACUCACGGUACCUGGAUCAAUCUUAUCCAACGAGCAUGCCGUUCUAUCUUUAUGGCAACUCCGAGGAGAUACACCUUGACCAUAUGCUGUUGCAUGCACCCAACGCCCAGAUUAGUGCGAACAAUGUGGCGGUGGAGCUUGAUGGUAUGGAACUGGGAAUCCUUGCCAGUGACCUCAGGAAUGGUUUGAUUGCCAUCGCAGACACGCUCCCUGAACAUCUCCUACAGCCAUUCACCGCAGAGCAUCGUCCCAACUUCUUCCGGCCUGGCUUCAAAGUCGGAAUCACCAUAUAUCAUGAUCGUUCCACUUCAUCGGCACCAGGUCCUGGUCUCGUGGAGAGCUUGAGCUCGCCCCUCGCGCGUGGUGCUAUAACUCUGGGCGACAGCAUCUUCAUCGAAUCGAACCUGAUCAACGUCGGCACGCCUCUUGUCGCUUCUCACGUUCCCAAGAGGAAUUCUUUCCUUCCCAGUUCCGCUGAAUCGACAACUCAGGACCACCCUUACUUCCGUGGGUUUGGCCUCGAACGGCAUAUGGAUGCUGUACUUUCUCGUCCGAACAAAAACGCCUGGCGUCAAGGGUGGGAUAUUGCACUCGCCCAGCGACAGUUUGCGAAAAUGGAUAUCGAGUCACCGAUUGAAUACACGAUCGAGGAGAAACUGACGAAGGAAUAUUGUCAGAGCCCCGUCACAGUUCGAGCCUCAUUCUCCCUCUCAUAG